CAACUCGAAGUAAAGAUGUUGUUGCUCUCUAAUUCUAGCACUACACUCAAUCCCAAAACAUCUUCCUAACAAUGUCUUGGCUUUUCAAAUCUCUCCAAUCCGACGCUCCAGAUUCGCCACCGCUUCAACAUGAAGACGAUAGCUCCACCAAUAGAAACGGCGGCGUAAAAGAUGACUUCUCACUCAUCGGCCAAGCAAUCGGCCGUCAAUUACGUGGAGUCGCCGCUUUUCUGGCACCGCCUCCUUUAACUGAAACCGAACGGCAAGUGCAACCACCACAAUCUUCUGAUUCGCCGAACGCUGCGCUGCUUGGGAUCCGCAACGAUCUCGUGGAAAUCGGUGGCAGCUUCAAGAGCGGACUCUCGAUGCUCUCGAGUAACAAAGCGGUUACUGGAAUUUCUAAAUUCGCCUCUAAUUUGUUGCUGCUUCAAAAUCAAGACGAAUCUGAAUAUGAUUUUGAUGGAGUUCCGGGGAUCACCGAGGAAGUUGUUGAAUUUGUUAGGAAAAUUUCCGAGCGUGCGGAAUGUUGGACGGAAUUUCCUUUAUCUUUAGAUGAUGAUUUUGAAAUGUCUGAUGCUCAGAGAGAUCAUAUUUCUGCUGUUGAACAUCUGGUCCCAAGUAUCAGAGAUCUUAGAAUUCACCUUCAUCAUUACUUGGGAGACAGCCAAUUUUGGAUGAUCUAUUUUAUAUUGCUGCUUCCAAGAGUUAGUGAACAUGAUUUUGAGCUUCUGUCAACUCCAAAGAUUAUUGAAACAAGAAAUGUGCUUCUGCAAAAGCUACAAGACAAUAGGACUGCACAAGCCAAUAACUCUAGUACUCAAGCAUCUACAGAAAAGGAGGUUGGUGAGAUUGUAAGUGCAACACAAGGUCUAGAAAUUGAUGAUGAAGAGAACACUGAGCGAUGGUUAGAUGAUACAGAUAUAGAUAGCGGUAUUUCUGUGAAUAACCAGCAAAAGAUUGAACAUGAAGAGGAUGUCUCAUUCAGUGAUUUAGAAGACGAUGGCGAUGAUCUUCCUUCUAGACUAUCUGCCACUAGUGCAGGACAUGAAGUUAAGGCUAUUUCACUGACUGGAUCCAAUGAUUGGAUUAAACUUAAUGAUAGUUUUGAAAAUCGGGGCAAUGUAGAGAAGGCACGGCAGUCUACUUCUCGGGAAAAAGAUUCGGAAGGUGAAUCAAGCGAUUGGCUUGCAGUUGAUGAAUUUGAUUAGAUGGUUGGCAGCUGUUUGAUAUGCAGCAGAUUUAUUGUAAAGUUUCACAGAUUAUGAGCUCUUGGGUCUCCAAUUCUGUAUUUAGGGUUCUCAACCUUUAUGGUAAGGGUUACUGUUUAAAGUAAUAAUUCAGUCGAUGUUGUCUUUUACUUUGCUGGAUUAUGCUACUACAAUUUAUAUCCGUAUAUACUAAAAAAAUGACAGCAGAAUUAUUCCAA